AUGGCGCAUGGUAUGAAGGAUGUAAGUCUUCCUCAGGAAAAGGAGGAAAAUGAUGACGUGGAAUCAAGUUCGGUGAAGAAGGCACUCUAUGAGGCAGUGCAACAAGAACAAAAAGACUAUGUCGAGUACUUUGAAAAGGUCCUCACCUAUGUUACAAGCAUGGUAACAAUGGCAGAGAUUGACACCAAUCUCAGAAGAUUCUGGGAAAUGGAUACACAACCACUGGAAAGACAAUUAACUGAUGACUUUUGUGAGAAACAUUUCCGCAAAACAUUUACGAGAAAUUGGGAUGGCAGAUAUGUGGUAGCCCUGCCAUUCAAAGAGGAAAAUCCUGUUCUGGGAGACUCCAGACCCAAAGAGGGACAAGGAAAAUAUUAUCUUCCCCAUCACGCAGUUAAGAAGGAAGAUAGUACAACAACGAAAACACAAGUAGUUUUCGAUGGCUCAUGCAAAACUACAAAUGGAAAAUCUCUGAAUGACUUACUAUGCGUUGGACCUAAGUUGCAAGAAGAUUUAACGAAAAUCCUUACCAGAUGGCGCAAAUACAAGGUCGCUUUCACCGCAGAUAUUGAGAAAAUGUUUAGACAAAUUCUUGUCAGAGAAGAAGACAGGGAUUACCAACGCAUACUAUGGCGUUUCAAUGAAUCUGAACCAGUCCAAGAGUAUGUGCUUAACACUGUGACAUACGGUACAGCAGCAGCAACGUAUUUAUCAGUCAGAGCACUUCAUCAAUUGGCCGAAGACGAAGUGGUUCUGAUACGGUGGAAGAAGCAAUUGAAGCAAGGAUACAGCUAA